UUUGAAAAUUUGGUUUGAUUAUCAUUGUUGAUGAUUUCAGAGUCUCACUAACGGGGAGGUGUUGCGCUUGAUUUUAAUCAUUCAAUUUCUAGAACCAACAAUGGAUUCUCUCUAGGGUUGGAGGUCUGGCGGAGUGUUGAAAUGGUGUAGCGCUCUAACUUCACCCCAUAAUACGUACAGAGGUUGAAGGAAUCUCAUGCCCGAAAAUAAAAGUUCUGAAGUUACAAAGUUGGUGAUUUGAUGAAUGAAAUUGAUCUCCAUUUCCUAGUUAACACAUCCGCUUAAAACGGACGCAUUUGAGCUUCAAACAAUGGGCGGACUGGGCCCCUGCCCAACCAAAAUAAUAAGACUAUGUUUGGGUCUUAGGAAAAAAACAAACCAAAAAUAAAAAUAUAUUUUUUAAUAUAUGAAAGAAAGAAAAAAUGCAUUUGGGAAAAGAGCAAGUAAAAUACUUAAAUAUUUUCUUUUCAAUUUUAAAAUACUAAAAAAAUUUCCUUUCAAUUUUCCUUAAAUAAAGAAAAAUGCAGUUUCCAAUAAUCUAAUUAUCUUUUCCUUGAUAUUUUUGUUUAGUAAAAGACUUUCCUUAGUUUUAAAAUACUAAAAAAUUUUCAUUUCGAUUUUCCUUAGAUAAAGGAAAAUUUGAGGAAAAUAUAUAGUUGUCAAUAAUUUAAUUAUCCAGAGAAUUUUUUAUUUUUUAUUUUUAUAAAAUUUCUUUACUUCUUUUCUUAUUUUCUAUAUUUUAUUUUUUUAUUUUUCCAAUCUAUUUUCUUUUCCUCUUCCAUCAUUUUACCUUACAUCACGUGGUUUUGUAACUGAACUUGGUAUUUGGUGGUAAGAGGGGGGGGGGACAUGGUCAGCCCCACAGGUCUAUUCUACUUCAGAAUCCUAUGAAUGGACCAUAAAUUCAUGGGUCACCCCUUCAUCAGAAUAGCAAUUUCACGUCCAGAGGAGUUUUCUCAACAAGACUCAAGAUCAGAUGGUGAUGAUUGAUUAACAAAAUGCACCAUCUAAACAAAUCAAUCAAUGCCGCUGAUACAGCCCAUGCCCAAACCCUUCACCUAACCUCUAGCUACAUCUUUAAACUUGAGACCCAUGAAGUCCAUGCUUCUCAGCUAAUCCAUUAAACCUCUAUACAUAACAAUAGAAGACUUGGGUGUCACCCUUCACAUGAAAUGAUAAAGUCAUAACACCCUUCAGCUUAUUUAAAUAUCAAAACCAUGCAAUGCCACAAUAUAUAUAUAAAUCAGCAGUUCAAUGCUAGAUUUCAUUGCAAGGGAGAAGAGUCUCUACAACCUCUUCUGCAGGCAAAAUAUUCAGCAUUCCUUUUGAAAAAGAGGGGACAUGGGGAGUGGGACAGUUGAGCAAGUGGGCUCAUUGAAGAAGGCUAACCCUGGCAAAGCCACGAUUCUGGCUCUGGGCAAGGCCUUCCCUCAUCAGCUUGUCAUGCAAGAGUUUCUGGUUGAUGGGUAUUUCAGGAACACAAACUGUGAUGAUCCAGACCUCAAGGAGAAGCUAGCUAGACUCUGCAAGACAACGACAGUUAAAACAAGGUAUGUGGUCAUGUCAGAAGAGAUCCUAAGGAAGUACCCAGAGCUUGUCAUUGAGGGCCAACCGACGGUAAAGCAGCGAUUAGAUAUAUGCAACAAGGCUGUCACACAGAUGGCAAUAGACGCUUCAAAAGCUUGCAUCAAGAAAUGGGGCAGGUCUGUUUCAGAGAUAACUCACUUGGUCUAUGUGUCCUCAAGUGAGGCCCGGCUGCCAGGGGGUGACCUCUACCUAGCAAAAGGACUAGGGCUGAGCCCUGAGACUCAUCGGGUCCAGCUCUACUUCAUGGGCUGCUCAGGAGGUGUGGCUGGCCUCCGUGUUGCAAAAGACAUUGCUGAGAACAAUCCUGAGAGUCGAGUUCUGCUUGCCACUUCAGAAACUACUAUUAUUGGGUUCAAACCACCAAGUGCAGACCGUCCAUAUGAUCUAGUAGGGGUUGCACUCUUUGGGGAUGGAGCUGGAGCCAUGAUAAUAGGCUCUGACCCAAUUCCAAGCACUGAAAGGCCUCUCUUUGAGCUCCACACAGCCAUCCAGAAUUUCUUGCCAGACACUGAGAAGACCAUUGAUGGACGACUCACGGAAGAAGGGAUUAGCUUCAAGCUAGCAAGGGAACUCCCUCAGAUAAUUGAAGAUCACAUCGAGGCAUUCUGUGAUAAACUGAUUCGAAAUGUUGGAUUUUCUGAUGAAGACUACAACAAGAUCUUCUGGGCAGUCCAUCCAGGCGGGCCUGCAAUCUUGAAUAGGAUGGAAAAGAGGCUUGACUUGCUGCCAGAGAAGCUGAAUGCUAGUAGGCGAGCACUGGCAGACUACGGAAAUGCUAGCAGCAAUACCAUUGUGUAUGUGCUGGAGUACAUGUUAGAAGAGAGCUCAAAGACGAAGAGGCAAGACCAGGGAGAUGGUGAGUGGGGAUUGAUUCUGGCUUUUGGUCCCGGGAUUACCUUCGAGGGAAUCCUUGCAAGGAACCUCACUGUCUAAGAAUAAUCUCCUGCUUUACACCUCUCACAAUUUAGUCUUCUACUAGCAUACUACCAUUCUCAUCCAAGACCUAUGCUUGGAUUUUUUCUGUCCAAACGCCUUUUUUUUUUUUAACACAAAUUGCAAUCAAUUAAUCCAGAAUGAAAGUUCUUUUCAUGUCUUCAGAGGAAUCGAAACGGGAAAUUAUAAACUCGAAGCUCGUUUCAUUCUC